AUGGUCGCCGACGCCCUCGUCUACCACCCUGCGGUGAGCCACUUCAACCGAUUCGUAGCAACCACGAUCGGCCGCGACAAGACCCUCCGAACGAUCCAAUACUUCUCCCGCUUCCUAGCAUGGUACCUCUACCGCACCAACCACCCGGCGACGACCGUCGCAACCUUCGAGACGAUCAAAAAGAACUUCGGCAGCGUCCGCAAAGCGAUGCGCCUGGGGAAAUUCGUCGAGCACUUCAAAGCGGCCGCCAUCGCCGCCGACGCCAAGAACCUUGAUCCCGUGCUCAAGUACCUCGCCGUGGGCCGUCAGCUGGGCUACGCAAUGUACCUGUCGCUGGACGCGCUGACGUACUUGGACCAGACGGGUAUCAAGAAGUUCUCGGCGGGAGCGAGGUUGCAGCGGGAGGCGUACAGGGCGUGGUUCACAGGGUUGACGUGUAAUAUUCUGGCGGGCGUGUAUACGCUGUACAACAUGAGGCAGUUGGAGCAGCAGCAGGCGGCGAGGAGCGAGGAUGCGGAGAAGAAGAUGGAGAGCAAGAAGUUGGAGAAGGAGAGAGCGGCUGUCAAGCUGCAGCUGCUGUCGGACGUGUGCGAUAUCACCGUUCCCAGCAGCGCGAUCGGAUUCGUUAACUUGGACGACGGUGUUGUGGGUUUGGCUGGUACCGUGAGCAGUUUGAUCGGUCUAUCAGCUGCGUGGCUCAAGACGGCAUAA